AUGGCGGAGCAAGCGACGUUCACAGCGGCCGAGGCAGCCGUGUACGACCGGCAGAUGCGUCUGUGGGGCGUAGAGGCCCAGAAGCGGCUGCAGAGCUCGCAUGUACUGGUCAGCGGACUGUCAGUGCUGGGGUCGGAACUCGUGAAGAACCUUGUGCUUGCCGGCAUAAGCGUCACGCUGCACGACUCGCAGUUAGUCACGCAAGAGGUGGUGGCCUCUCAGUUUUUUCUAUCGGAAACGGACGUGGGCAAAAAGCGCUCCGUGGCGUGUCUACCACGUGUGCAGGAACUGAACCCACUAGUUCAGGUCAGAAUUGAGACCGAAGCGCUUGACGACCUGAACGAUGGCUUUUUCAAGCAGUUCACGGCCGUGUGUUUGGUGGGGGCUGACUUGAGCGUGGAGCUGAGAUUGGACGCGCUAUGUCGCUCUAUUGGCACGGCCUUCUAUGCUGCCAGGAGCUUCGACUAUAACGGCAUCGUGUUCAUUGACUUGGGCGAGCACACGUUUCGUCGAGAUGCAAGAGAAACGAAUGGGACACUGAGCGGCCCGUGCACGGUCACGUAUCCGACGUUGACAGAGGCCCAACAAGUUCCGUGGAGCUCGCUGCAGAGUGCCCGCAAACGUGGACCUCAGCUACCUCAGGUGUUCAUCAAAAACCAAUUGCUACAGGGAUACAAGAGCCAAAAGGGCGUGACCGCGAUCACUAGUAAGGACGAGGCAGAUUUCAUCCAGUACGCGAGAAAGCAGCUUGUAGUCAACGGAUUGGAUGAAGAUUACGUCUCACUGGAUGAGUUGCAGGCACUCGUACGCGUCGCGGACAUGGAACUUGUUCCGGUAUGCGCUAUUCUGGCAGGAAUAAUGGGUCAAGAGGUGAUUCGAGCCAUGUCACAAAAGGACGAGCCAAUUUGUAACUAUUUUUGCUUUGAUGGUGCAACUGGCAUCGUGAGACGAGUGGGGUAG